GGAACACCUUAAUGUGAACACUAGAAUCGCGCUUCCGGCGGAGAGCGGGGUGAAACAUGCCUAAGUUUUACUGCGAUUACUGUGACACAUACCUCACACAUGAUUCGCCUUCGGUGAGGAAGACCCACUGCAGUGGUCGCAAACAUAAAGAAAAUGUGAAAGAUUAUUACCAGAAAUGGAUGGAGGAGCAGGCUCAGAGCCUUAUCGAUAAAACAACGGCUGCUUUUCAACAAGGAAAGAUUCCUCCUACACCUUUCCCCGGUGGCCCUCCCCCAGGUGGUCCUCCACGUCCAGGCAUGCUGCCAACACCACCUAUGGGAGGACCUCCUAUGAUGCCCAUGAUGGGACCCCCACCACAUGGGAUGAUGCCCGGUGGACCUGGAGGCAUGAGGCCACCGAUGGGAGGACCCAUGCAGAUGAUGCCAGGACCACCACACAUGAUGCGUCAUCCUCGUCCGAUGAUGAUGCCAGUGAGGCCUGGCAUGAUGCGACCAGACAGAUAAGACGGUGGAUUUUCUCUGCUCUUUGUUGCCAUGAACAGACACAGUUCUAGUGAGGACACUUGGGUUAACAGUUGGAUUUGUUAGUAUAUAUGGUUUUUUUAAGACACAGAUGUCCAAUUCAACCUCCAGCAUCAUCCUCAAUGUAAUUGUCCUUUUUGUAUAAUUACUUUCUGCCUGGUAUUUAUUACUAUAAACAUCAAGCGAGUUAAUUCCAGAUCCUUAUUUUAAAGACUUUUUCUUUUUUAGUUAAAUCUCUUGCACAUCAGUGUCUCUUUCUGACACUGUUCAACACGCAUCUUAAAGAGCAGGUUGGGUUUAGUUUUUUUUUUUUUUUUUUUUUUUUACAUUUUUUGUUGGUGUUUUCAUUGUAUGUCAUUCAUUGCAUUGUUUUGUGAAAUAAAACAGUGAUUUUAA